AUGGAACCACCAAAGAAACAAAUCAAGCUAGGGAGUAGUAGCUCCAAUGCAAGAGCAGCAAUACCAACUUCACCACAUUCCAUUGAUGCAAGUCAAGAACAUGUGGAGAGUCCAAGAAGAGGAGAAGAUGAUUGGGCACUUGUAACCUUUGUUGGAGAACAAAUCCAAGACCCAAGAAAGUGCAAGAAGGCAAUGGAGAAGGUGAACAUCGAGCCUUGUGUGAAGAUGGACACCCAAACCCUUGACCUUCUCAAGAUAAGAGAUGAUGUCACAUGGUACAUAAGGAAGCUAGGCUUGAGCAAGCUCUUCAAGCUAGAAUGUAGUGAGUACUCACAACUCACCAAGGAGUUCCUCUCCACAGUAGCUCUUGCCUUUCCCAACCACAAUGGAGACCAACCAGCUGGUGAUGGACUCCUACUCUUCAAGAUAGGCGAUGCCAAUGGGCGCAUAUCCAUCUCAGCUCUAUGCCAACUCUUUGGACUUCCCAAUGAGACAGCACAUGACUUCAAGGAGAACUCAAAGAGGAAACAAGCUGCCUUUGCUGAUUGGACACACUUUGCCAAUGAACCAUUCUUGCCUUCAAGAUCAAAGGUGUCUAGAAUCACUCAUCCAGCCAUUCGCUAUGUGCACCGCCUCAUCUCCACCACUUUCCAAUGCAAACAAGAAGCCAACAAGCUAGCUCAAGACUUGGAAGGCAACAAGAAGCUUUGUGUUCGUUUUGGGAGGCUUAUCACGGCCAUAGUACAACAUGUGGGGAUUGACAUUCCCAACUAUGAGCCACUACCCAAGCCAACCCCUUUGGAUCUCCAUGCUCUUCAGCACAUCCACUUCCUAAACCGUUGGACUAAAGACCCAACUCGGUUUUGCUAUGAGUUUCCAAUUGGUCCAGCCAACACUUCCCUUGUCUUGCUGCCACAUGAGACAUCCCAAGCCUACGCUCAGGUGUUGUCACUUUCCAGCCCAAUGAGGAAGACUUCUAUGUUCCAUCAAGUGAGAAACCAUCAUUCCCCAUGCUCACCUAUCGCACACUUCAGCAUGCAGUCAAGACUCAACGCCGCCACCAAGAACGCCAUGUUCUCACUACUGGCAUGGCCGCACCAAGCUCUAGACCGUUAA